CGCACCAGCAAGUUUAACGAAUUAACGUUGAUUAGGAUCCUAGCGAGAUCAAGGAGGCUCCAACAGUUUGCCUACCCGGAGCUCAGGCGAGGUUUCAUCUCUGGAACCGGUGACAACGCGUACUAUUACAUGUAGCCAGGUAGCAGUGAAAGCCAUAAUCUGAAGAGGAUAAAAGAGCCCGAUUACAGUUUUCAAUUUACGAACGUCAAGUACAGUCUGCAGAAAAGAACAUGGCCUCCAAUGAUAAGGCCACCAUCACUCCGCUGAGACUGAAGGGACCAAUUGCGGCUCCUUUCACACCAUUCCAUCAGAAUGGUGACGUUAACUUUGACGUCUUAGAAGAGUAUGCAGACAAGCUAGCUGCUGAUGGUGUUCACUAUGUGUUUGUGAAUGGAACAACAGGAGAAGGUAUGUCCAUGACUGUUGAGGAGAGGAAGGCUCUGGCUGUAAAAUGGAUAGCCCUAGGCAAAACAAGAUUUCAGUCAGUUAUUGUCCAUGUCGGAGCUGCCAACUUGAAGGACAUACAAGAAUUAGGCAAGCAUGCAGAGCAGCAUGGAGCCACUGCCAUAUCAACCCUACCUCCCCUCUUCUACAAGCCUUCAAAUGUUGAGGGUAUGGUGCAUUUCUUGGAGCAGGUAGCAGCGGCUGCUCCCAAAACUCCUUUCUUCUACUACCACAAUCCAUCAAUGGUUGGUAGUAAUGCAUUUUCUAUGGAAACUCUAGUGAAAGAAAUAUUCUCUUCAAAGCGCAUUCCGACACUCUGUGGCGUCAAGUAUACAUCCAAGGACCUGUACGAAUACGGACGAUGUUACGCAAAGCACGCCAGCUCUUGCCAAUUCAUGUAUGGCUGCGACGAGCAACUUUUACCAGGAUUGUCAAUGGGUUGUGAGGCAUUUAUUGGCAGUACUUACAACUAUCUAGGCAGAGUGGCCAAUAGAAUAAUGACAGCAUUUGAGGCCGGUGAUAUGCCUAGUGCCAGAAAAGAACAAUUCCGAAUCCAAGCACUUGUGUCUGUACUUAUAAAAUAUGGCGGUCACACAGGCACGAACAAGGCCAUCAUGUCACUGGUCGGACCAGAGAUGGGCCCCGCCCGUUCCCCUCUUCACAACCCCUCCCCAGAGGAGCGUGAACUGAUACGCAAGGAUCUCCAAGCAGAGGGGUUCUUUGAAUGGAUCCAGUAAACCUUUCACAGCAUUUUUCAAACGAAGCAACAACAAAGCCUUGUUUCGAAGCAUUCUUUCAUAAUUGUUUGCUCCUUCCUUCCUUCCUUCCUUCCUUUGGUGUGUAAUAAUUAUUCCUAUACUGUAGGCAGGUUAAUGGUUUGUAUUGCUUUUGAAAUCGUGCUAUAUCUCUUUUAUAAUUUUUGUUAUAUUUUCAUUCCUUGUACAACUUGAUAUACAACUCUAUCAUAUUAAAGUUCUUUUUUAUUGAUGAUUUUAUUUUAUUGAGAAAAGUUAAAUGUUUCUUUUGGGCCAUCUUUUUAAAUAUGUGAUCUAUCUUCUAAUCCAGAGUUAAAAACUUUAUUUUUGUGUGUUUGGGGUGUGCUGCUGUGACUAUUGGCAAUUUUGGAAAAGGACAUGGGGGCAGUUAUUUUUAAUGCAUUUUUUUUGUGUGGAAUGUUUCUGUGAGUGACGAGAGCUAGUCUGAAAUGCCAGCUAGAGCUCAAACAUUGCAUGAAAUGUUGACAAAUUGCUUAUACAAAAUUUGAAUUGUUCCAUUGUUUUGAAGUUCCUCUCAAAGGUAGUGGACUUCAUUCAGUUCAUUCGGUAUUGUAAAUGUAUGUCACCAACUUUUCAAGACAUUCCAUUGAAAAGCUUUUCUGUAGUACAAAGAAACAGUGUUAAGUGUCUGGUAAUAGGUUAAUGCAUCAUACAUGUGAACCAGAUUCCCAAUAGUACUUAAAUCUCCUUUAAUGAUUUAUCCAUGUUUUCCUGUUAAUAACUGAACUCAAUGCUGUAUUUUCCAUAGUAUAAAUGUAGGAUUCACUCAUUUCAAAUUAGCAAUGGGUUUAUCUUUUUAAAAAAUUAUACUUUUUUUUAAUGAAGAAUUAGUUGUUAUAUAUAUGUAUUUUAUAAAAUAAGAGUAUUCAAUGUCUUAUUAACAUUCCUUUAUAAAAGAAAAACUAUUAUGAACUAGUGAAGUGAAAUAUAUAUACUCAAACUUUUCAAAAAAACAAUAAUACAUCUCACGGGUGACAUCUCAAAAGCAUUUCUACCUCGUCGAAAAUAUGCUAUAAUAUGCUAUAAUAUGAUAUUUUAAUAGGACAAGUAAAGAUACAUGUCGAUUAAAAUCAUAUAAAUUUAGAAUAUAUGGCAGAGAAAAGAAUACAGAUUUUAUUUUUUUCGAAAAUUCUAUUUAUUAGCAAAUGAGGCAUUGGAGCAGAAAUUGGAAGCAUAUGUAAAAGAAUUUAUAUCAUCAUUUUUAUGGAGCUUACAGUUCAAGGAGUUGAAUAUUACACAGAAGCUAACAUAUUAAUGGGCAUUAAAUACAAUAAGUACACGGCUGAGGAUCACUCACUUCUGUAUAAUACAAUCAAGAAUUAUUGACCGUUAUAUUUCAUAUUUUUAUCCUUUUUACAGUUACUCUUGUAUCCAUUUGUUGAGCUAUAUGUAAACAUCCACCAUAAUUUUGUUUAAAGUAUUAUUUUUAUUUUUAUUAAGUUUCAGCUGUAAAGUUUAUUUUAUUUUGGAGAAGAAAUGUUGUUUUGUUGCCCGCAAGAAGGCAUCAAUCAAAGUAAUAUUACUUUUCCUGUACAUUUAUAUUUUGUGCAAUUGCGAACGAUAUCCACUUCAGGUACCAACAGAUUUAUGUAAUUUUUGUCAACUGGGCAGGGUUUCAUGAAACUGUAAAAAGUACAAGGUCGCAGAUAUCUCACUGAUCGUGUGUUUAUCAUAGGAUGAACUUGUACUUAUGACGAUUUAGUGAAACCACACCCAUGUCACACCAGUACCAGAGGCAUUCAAGCUGUUGAGGAACUUCCCCCAAUUAGGCAAUCAUUCACCUCACCUACAUCUACUUGUAAAUGUAAUAGUUGUAAGGAAAAUGUAGAUUAAUGUCUUGCCAAAGUAUAUGUACUUUGAAUCUGUGAUAGAGAUCCAAGUGUGUGACUGUUAGUAACAUUAAAAAACCCUUAAGAGGAGGAGUCUUCAAAAAUGUUGAAUGUCAUGUGCCUUCGAAAAAUUAGGGAGUCAACUCAUAGAAAAGUUUUCUUCAUAAAAUUCUAUUAGAUGAAUUUGCAAUUUUGCUUGUAUCUUGUCCAAUUGAACAAUUUCGUAAUGUAAUCAAAUUAAAUGCACAAGUCUUUUUUAAUCGACUCGUUACAAAUUAAUUCAUUCACCUGUUUAAAAUAAAUAAUUGCAUUUCAAUAGUCAGAAUGUGAAUUGCUUACAAUCCGUGUGGUAAGGUAGGACGAGCCAUAAUUUUUGUCCUAUCUAGCAACAAUUAAUAUAACUAAUUUGCAUUCUGUCUAUUGAAAUUACUAUUGGAAAAUCAUUCACCUAUAUAAGUAAAUGAAAAAGCUGUACAGCAAAUAUAGAUUAAUGUCUUGCCAAAGUUCAUGUUAUUGGAUUGUGUGUUAGCGAUUCAAAUGUGUAACUGUCAUUAACAUGUUAUGUGCCUUCAGAAGUUAUGGAGUAAAGUCAUAAAGGAAAGUU